GGAGGCUGCGAGGCGCGGCGGGCAAGGACUGCCCGGUGAAGCACUACGAGGAGACCACGGGCUCGGAGUCCGCGGAGUUGUAGUUGCUUCUUCGGUGUUGACGUUCUCCUUCUAGACAAAAGUAAACUGCAAAUUUGGGGAUCAUGGCCACAGACCCACUUACGGAGCUUCAGGAUGACUUGAACUUGGAUGAUACCAACCAGUCCCUCAGCCAGCUCAAACUGACCUCCAUAGAUGACAAGAGCUGGCCAGCAGAUGAAGCCCCUGCUUUUCCCAGAUCAGAAGACUGCAAAGGCUCCCCUGAGCUGGUCACUCACCUACAAUGGGAUGAUCCCUACUAUGAUAUCGCCAGGCACCACAUUGUGGAAGUAGCAGACCAGGGUGCACUUGAUGGGGCUCAACCAGGUGAUGACAAAUAUGGAAGGAAAGUAAUUUUGUUCAGCGCCUGCCGGAUGCCCCCAAGUCAUCAGCUUGAUCACGUCAAACUGCUGGGGUACCUGAAAUUCACACUGGACCAGUAUGUGGAGAGUGAUUACACGCUGGUGUACCUGCACCAUGGCCUCACCAGUGAAAACAAACCAUCCCUGAGCUGGCUGCGGGAUGCCUACAGGGAGUUUGAUCGCAAGUACAAAAAGAACAUCAAAGCCUUAUAUAUUGUGCACCCAACCGUGUUCAUCAAGACCCUGCUGAUUCUCUUCAAGCCUCUGAUCAGCUUUAAGUUUGGACGGAAGAUUUUUUAUGUGAACUUCCUUAGUGAGCUGGAGGAGUAUGUGAAGCUGGAGCAGCUGGGGAUCCCAAAUCAAGUGCUGAAGUAUGAUGAGUAUCUGAGAUCCCUGCAGAAACCUUCACAAGCGCCCCAGAAGCCAACACCCCCACGCCCACCACUGCCAAACCAGCAGUUUGGAGUCUCGCUCCAGCAGCUCAGAGAGAAGAGCCCUGAUCAGUCUCCUGUUCCCCUGGUGAUCAGAGACACCAUCACUCAUUUGCAGGAGCAUGCUCUUACCACAGAGGGGAUUUUCCGGAGAUCAGCAAAUACACAGGUUGUCAGGGAGGUACAGCAAAAGUACAACAUGGGUGUGCCUGUAGAUUUCCAGCAGUACGAAGAUGUCCACCUCCCUGCUGUGAUUCUCAAGACCUUCUUGAGAGAGCUACCUGAGCCUCUCCUCACUUUUGACCUCUACAGCCAUGUUGUCAGCUUCCAGAAUGUGGAGGAGGUGGAUCGUGUGGAUGUUGUUCGCAAAACACUCCAGACUCUGCCAGAAGAAAACUACCAAGUGCUCCGUGUACUGACAGCCUUUCUGGUGCAGGUGUCUGCUCACAGUGACAGAAACAAGAUGACAAGCACCAACCUGGCAGUUGUGUUUGGCCCAAAUCUGCUGUGGGCCAAAGAUGUGGCCAUCACCUUAAAAGCCAUCAACCCCAUCAAUACCUUUACCAAGUUCCUGCUGGACCACCAGAAGGAGCUAUUUGAGGAUGUGGAGGCCUGAAUCCAGGCCAGUCCACACCAGCACACUGUGCCCACCUUCCCACUUCCCUCCCCACCUUGUCUUCGAGCUGUGACCAAGCUGUCUCCAGUAGAAGGGGACCAUUGAUCCUCUGGGUGAUGAGCAGAGUGAGGGCUGUGGAGAUGGUGGAGAAAGUGUGUAAGUGAGCAAGCGAGAGACCUGCUGCUCUGGAUGGGGAGGGGAGCUGGUCUAUCAGCUGCCGAGUGGAAUCCUAACCCACCUGCCAGUCUGUACAGCUCCUCCAGGGCUCAUCACUAGUCUACUGCCCUAUCAGAGACCUGCCUUCCUUUCCUUCUUCCCUUACAUGCAGUUGUUCUGCCCUCCUGGUCCCUUCCUCAGUAGAGAUAUUUUUGAUUUAGCUCCCAGCAGCCUCAGCUCACCCUUCGUGCCUCAGCUGGGCUGCCUGGGCUGGGGCAGGCUUGCUGGGUUUUGUGGCAGAGAUGUUGUUGCUGUGAGUGCCAUCUCAGCAUUGAAUAUGCAUCUUGCCUUUCCCCUGAGGCACCUGAAGCAGAGAAGGGAGCCAGGCAGCCCUCGUGCCUCAGGUGGCAGCAUGUCCUUCACUUGCAAACAGCACUCCAGAUACUGUGGUUUUGGCAGGCAAGUGAAGGGCAGGCUCCUGGCACGUGGGCUGGAUGAGCUGACAGUCUUCAAAAUAAGGAAGCUGAAUUUAGCCCAAAUCUCUGGAGCCACCCACUCCAGGCAGUGUUCAGUGUUUGCUGAGGUCUAGUGGGUGAGGUGCCUCCUAUAGUUACCCAGCCCAGGCGUCUUUGUCCCUCUAGCAGCAUUUUCAGCCUGGCUGGGAAGGUUCAUGCUAGACCUGGCUGUGUGUGGGAGGCUGCCUGGAGCCCUCUGACUGCUGGUGAGUCCGAUUGGCAGGGAACAUAAGUGCCCUGGUGGCACUGAGCUGCUGAACACUAUGAGGAUCGCCCCCUUGCCCUGUGGCAGCAGCAGAAGGCCUCUUGUCCUCAGGCAGGUGGAUCUGUGCUGACUGCCUUGGCUAGCUGUCUUUUUGAGCAGAACUUUCCCCAGCACAGUGUGAUGGAGAGCAUGGCCUCGAGGGAAGGUCUAGGGACUGAGGCUAAGCCUCAUCCUGAAGUGCACCAGCCCUGGAUUACAAAUUUUUCCCCAGGUGCCUAGCACUGAUGUGCCAAAGCUGUGAAGGAACAGCUGUUCCAUGCCUUUGUCCUGUUUCCUCUUGGUUCAUGCCUUCCUCCCAUCCUGCCAUGGAAGCCUAGUCAGAUGCAUCCUCUGUGCUCUGGGCAUGACUAGAGACAUCAAGUUGUCUGCAAGGUAGGCUCAGAGCAGGGUGGGCCUGGCACCCUUCCAAAGCAGCUGCAGUAUUGUUAGGGCAUCACUGCUGGUGUUCAGUUGCAGCAUUCCUGUCACCUGAGCUAAAAGAGACCCUUCUUAGCCCGGGCCUGGAGGGUGUUAGUAGCCUUACUUUGCUGUUGUGUUCUAUCUUUAUAGCUUGUGUCCUGUGUGCCUGGGCUGUAUCUGGCCACAGGGACAAAUCUUUUGGACCAAGCAGAACUACCUUUAAAUAAGUUACUGAAGGCUAAAUAGAAUUUGCUGUUUCAUGGUAUUUUAGCCUGCCUUUAAACAUUGACCAGUGGUUGGUGCCUGAGUUGUGAUCGAAAGAAGGAACUACAGAAAUCUCUCGUUUUACUGAGCUCUGGAGUGGGGGUGGGCAUGAACAUAGGCAGCUCUGUGGGGCAGGGCAGGUCCAGCCAGCUGGCUUGGAGGAGGCACAGCAACAUGUGAGUGGGAAGUGUGAGGAAGAAACUGAACAGUACUAGGACUGGAACACGAGAUGCUCUAGAGAGGGCUGGGUCUGAUCCCUUUAGAUAUUGGGGAACUUUGCCCUGUGAAGGCUUCCAGGUUGCUUUGUCUCCCUGUUUUACAAGCUGGAGUUUUCCGUUUGUCCGGAGUGUGAAUUGUUUCAUCCUGAACAGUUCACAGCAGUUAAGUUUUGGGGGUAGAGAAACUCAGCUCCUGAUUCACCUCUGAUGUCUGCUGGAAUAAGUUGGCGGGGCUGAUGGUGUGGGUGAGUAAUCCGGGAAGGACAGCGUGGAGAGAGGUGCACUCGCACCAGUGUUUGUUCUAAGGGGCAAGACUUUCUGGGCAGCCUGGGAGCAGCGUGGAGGCUGAGUGAGCCCAGUGCCAGCCCCUCUGUCCCAGCAGACCGCAGGAAGGACCAGGCAGGGCUCCAUGCUCUGGCUGUAGCUAGCACUGGCCUUGCUGGUAUGCCCCUGGAGGAAAGGCAAAGCCCAGCUAACAGCCCCUGGGGCAAACGAGCCCUAGGUUGGCAACCUGGAAUGGCAAGUACCUGUGUGUGGGCUGCGAGGCCUUGGCCCUGCAUGCAGUCCCAGGUCCCUGGGGCUUGCAGCAUGUUCCAGCCCUGCAGAGCAGCAGGGACCAGCCCUUGCCCAAUGCCAGCAGAGCAGUGCUGGAGGAGCUUAGCUCCUCUGCAGAGGGAGAGCAGGGGUUGCUGCAAGUGUCCAUGUUCCAGCUGGAUUUUUUUCAGUGGGUGCUUUACUUUUUUAACGUUUCCUUUUUUUAAGUGAAUUUUUAAAAUCGUUCCUUUUUUUUCCCCAAACAAACCGGAGCCUGGUGUAUGCCCUGCAGGCAGGGGAAAAAGCCUGCUCCACUUGAGUGCCUGUGGGGAGCAGAUCUGGAGGGUGUUCAGGAAGCUGCUACUGCUCAUGGUGGGAAAGUGCUCUCAAAACCUGGAAGGGACCCAGUGUAAAUACGCCCUUUCCUCUGCUACUCCUCAUGCUGGAGCUGCUGGGGCCCUGGAGCAGGCACAGUAACCAGGGUUGCUCUUGCUUCUGCAGUCUGCUCUUCUAAACGCCUUGUAUUGAAAUACCCCUCUGUGACUUCUGCAAGGAACGGGCCUCAGCCUGCCUGCAGCCUGUGCUGGGUGGGUGGCCACCAGAGCCUGCCCCUGCCAGCCCAGGGGGUUAAAUUCCCUCCUCACCUGGUCAGCCUGCUCACACAGCGAGGCGAGCGCUGGCUGGGCUGGGUGCCUGCCAAGCACAGGGGUAGGGGAGCAGCAUCGGAUUAGGGUGCUGGUCUUUGCUGGUUUUCUCCUUGCUGUAGAGCUGCCCAGGCGUCUCCUCCUUGGCUCGUCUUUCAGGUUAGCUGUUAGCCAUUCUCCCUGUGGAGCUACUUCAAAUGGACGUCAGCCUGCCGCUUUUUAGCACGUAGACCAUUCCCCUCUGCUAAGCCUCCUCCUGUCUUCAUGGCCUCUAAUUGCUCCCUGGCCCGAGCUGUGUACCGAUUGGAGAGCUUUUGGGUGGUGCAGGGCGGGGCUGGGGCCAUCUGAAUGCUUUGUGGCAAUGCUUGCUAAUUUGAGAGAAAGCUGAGGGCCCCUUUGGUCCCCGGUUCCUCCUUUAAGCACGGGGGCUCCUGUGCAAAAGUGUUGGCUUUGUGUUUGUUGCUGAUGUUCUCUGCCUUCGUUUCUGUUGAUGUUGAUCAGGUGCAGGGCUGGGGUUCUCAUGGUUCACACUGUUUAUUUCCGCCUAAUCUGCACCAAUCUUAAAUUUCACAGUUUGCACUUUUUGUAUUUCAAUAAAAAUCGAAAUGUAA